UAAGGGCUAGUUCACACCAGAUGCAGUCCAGUGCAUUUUUUUCUACAUCAAAAAUACAUGAACAGUAUUUUCUAUGUAUUCCAAUGGCCCUAGUUCACACCUGUGCAGUCAGUUUCAGUCAGUUUCCAGUGCAGAAAAAAAGUAGACAUGCUGCUUUUUUCUGCACAGAACUUCACUGGAACACAGCAAAACUCAUUAAAAACACACCAGGAAUACACUGAAACGCUUGUAGUGUGAACUGGCCCUGAAGAAAAAGAGAGAGGAGAAAAAAAAAUUAACUGGAA